GACUGGGCAGUCACAGGCAGCCUAGUGAUGUCAGACCAAACGGCCCAUAAUAUUACCGAGCAUAAACCCGACUCCAUAGAGAAAGUGCUGGCUGGGUAACGCAAUCCAGUGUUUUCAUUUAACUUGUCGAAACUGUCAAAAAGAGGAAGUUGUUUGUGGUGCCUCGCGCUCACUGUGUUUCCUGCUGUUUGAAUCGAGGGCAUGGAGAAGAAGCAUCCCUCCAAAGAGUUGGAGGAGGGUGCGAAUUGCAGUGCAUCAGUCCGGUCACAUAGGCAGCGGGAGCGGCAUGGAAAGCUUCCAAGGAGACGUAAAGAGGAGAAGAGGUCUCUUCGGAAGGCAGAAUGUCCAGAACAACUGUCAGGGCAAAGUGAACAAUGUUGGUUGCCUGAGCAACACGGGUCCACAGCUGAGGAGACAGCAGAGAGUUCCCCCAAAAGAUGGGAUGGAUGCAGACGAGGACACUUUCUUCAUGGACCAUAUCCUGCUACUCAUUUUGGACCCAAAGCUUGUAUUCUCCCCAACCCGACCUCAGUCAUGCACAUUCAGGAUCCAGCUAGCCAGCGUCUCACAUGGAACAAACCCCCACUCAAUGUCCUGGUCAUCAGAAAGAUCAGAGACGAGGGCCUGCUGGAGCCAUUCAAAGAGCUAUGCAGGUUCCUUGUAGAGGAGAAACAUCUGAUGGUUUAUGUGGAGAAGAAAGUUGUUGAAGAUGCCGCUCUCAUGAAGGAUGAGUCAUUUUCAGCCAUCCGCAAUCAGCUGUGCACAUUUAGGGAAGGGUACGACGACAUCUCCGACUGCGUAGAUCUGAUUAUUUGUUUGGGUGGGGACGGAACUCUGCUAUAUGCAUCCUCCCUUUUCCAGGGCAGUGUUCCCCCAGUCAUGGCGUUCCAUCUGGGCUCUUUAGGAUUCCUCACACCAUUCAAGUUUGAGUCCUUUAAAACAGAGGUGGAUAAGGUGUUUGAAGGUAAUGCAGCUAUCAUACUGCGAAGUCGUCUGAAGGUGAAGGUUGUGAAAGGCACGUUUCAGAGGAGUGAGCAGCAUUUAGGCAUUGAGGAAAAUGGUAUAAUGCCUCAUAACCAUGUAAACAACGAGGCGGGAAAGAUCACACUACAGUUACAGGUGCUUAACGAGGUGGUGGUGGACCGAGGACCCUCCUCCUACCUGUCUAAUGUUGACCUUUACCUGAAUGGACGCCUCAUCACAUCCGUGCAGGGAGAUGGUGUAAUCGUAUCCACCCCCACAGGCAGCACGGCCUAUGCUGCUGCAGCAGGAGCCUCCAUGAUCCAUCCCAAUGUUCCUGCAAUCAUGGUCACCCCCAUCUGCCCUCACUCUCUCUCCUUUAGACCCAUCGUGGUGCCUGCUGGUGUGGAACUUAUGAUAACGCUGUCCCCUGAUGCUCGCAACACAGCCUGGGUGUCGUUUGAUGGCAGAAAGAGGCAGGAGAUCCAGCAUGGGGUCAGCAUUAAGAUCACGACGUCCUGUUAUCCAGUUCCAUCUAUCUGUUGUCGUGACCUGGUGUAUGACUGGUUUGAGAGUCUGGCUCAAUGCCUCCACUGGAAUGUCCGCAAGAAGCAAACACGCCUUACAGAUGCAAGUGAUUCUUCAGACACGGAGAACUGACACAUCAGCAUUUUAAACACCGUUAAAGGGGUACUUUACCAAAAAAGUAAAAGUUCUGUCAUCAUGUACUUUGCCUCAUGUUCCAAACCCCUAUGUUUUUUUAAUUCCAUGAAACACAAAAGGAAUACUUUUGAAGAAUAUUCUGGUCGUUUUUUUUGAAUGAAUUGUUCUUUUGGGUCAGGUAUUAUCAACUGAGUGGUAACAGCUCUCUAAAGGUCAGUGAAUAAGGCCUUACAUUUUAGUCUGUUCCUCACACAAUGUUUUUUUUAUGGCCUCAGAAGACUUGUAUUAAUGCAUAAAGUUGGUAGUGGUGGUAAUGUUUUUUUGUUUUGUUUUUUUAAAUCAAGGUACAUUGUUUUAGGAUAGUGUGCCUUGAGCCUGUGCUGUGAUAUUCUAAGUCCUUUUCACAUGCGUACAAUCACAUGUAAUAAUAAUCAAAGCUAGUUUACCAAAAUGUGAAGGGACAGUUCUCUCCCCGGGUAACACUUUUAUUAUGUCAUUUUUUGGGGUCUCUUGUUUCCUUUUUGAAACUUGAACACUUCAAUCCCCAUUCUUUUUAAUUGCAUGGAAACAUCGAACUGUACAUUCCACAAUGUCUUCUUUUGUGUACCACGGAAGGAAGAACAUGGGUUUGAAACAACAAAUUGUUGAAUCAUUUUGACAGAACAAUUCAUGGGUGAGCAAUCCCUUUAACUGUGAUGCAUCGCAAAUCAAACAUUCCAAGACAUUUGAGAUUUCCAUCCUGACUCCCAUACAAGUAACAAGUCAUAAAUUGUUAAACCAACAAAGGGCACACCUGUAUAAAUGUAGAGUUAAAUUAUGUAAACAGCAUCCUCCACCACACUCUUAAACUUGCAAUACUGAUAGCAGAAAAUGUAUUGCGAUUCCUGUACUUAAAGGAACAGUUCACCCAGAAAUUAAAAUUCUGUCAUAAUUUACUCCCCCUCAUGUUGUUCCAAACCUGUAUGACUUUGUUUUCAUUGGCUUAUUCAGAAUAUUAGCCUCAGUCACCAUUCAUGUCUGAAGCUGUCAGUCUUUAAUAUGUUUUCCAACAUCUCCUUUUGUGUUCCACAGAAAAAAAGUCAAGGUCUUGGCGUGGCAUGAGCGAGAUUCAGUGAUCAAAUAAUUUACAUUUUUGGGAGAACUGUUCCUUUAUUGUAACACCAUGCCUUUUGAGCAAGUAUCCUGUGUCAAUAUAGCUGCAAUCACAGCUGUUCCUUUCUUCUCAUGUAGUUUGUUUGCCUAUUGGGAAAUAUUGCUAGUACAUUUUGUAAGCUCUUGCCCUUCUCAAAAUCAUUCAGAAAACAAACUACAUUGAAAUCCUGAUUGACAGGCUUUUUGAGUAGCUGGCCGGCACUUGCUACUAUUUGGUUUCCAUUAAAAUUGGCCCACCUGUGUUACAUUGAUAUUCUUGUCAAGUCGGACUUGAGGUCUGGUAUUACCCAUACAGUUCUUGUGAAAGAACAUUGGGGCCUCCCUGUGGUGGAAUAGGAUAGUGUUAAACGUAUAGCUUCAUUUUACAAUCAGAACCAAAAUACUAUGAUCUAAUAUAGAUAUUAUAAUUUCAUACCACUUUAUAUUUUGUUUUCAUGCCAAUACACAGUAACACUGACUGAGCUGCAGUUUAUUAAAUCUACAAAUACAUUGUGUGUUUUGCAUUUCUCAGUAACUAUUACUGGGCCUAAAUGGUCAUCGCAUUUAAGUUAUUGCACAAGAACUAGUAUAUCUGAAUUAAUGUAGGUUAUUUUAAUGUAUUUACAUUUUUAUGUAA